GAGAUGUCCAUAGCCAGAUGAUGUUGUGUGUCUGAUCCAGAGAGGAGAUCGAUUGAGUCUGUCAGCAGGUGGUGCUGUGCAUGUGUAACAUGGAUGGUAAGCCUGGUGGAAUCUCCAAGGUGUCUGCCAGCAAAUGGUGUUGUGCAUAUGCAGCAUGGAUGGUGGAGCUUGGCAGAGUCUCCAAGAUGUCCGGGAUCAGCACAUGUGGCAUCUUACAUCAUCAAAAUGUGAUGCGUUUCUGAGCAUGUGCAGGAUGAGCCCCCUGCCCAUUUGGAACUCAUCAAACAUACAUGGACUACUACACCAUGCGCCUGUUAUCCUUUUGUAAAUAACUGUCAUGCAAAC